AUGGAAGGGAUUCCUCCAGACGGGGCUUCAUCUUCAUCAUCAGCCGUCAGGGCUCCUCCUUUGAGGGACGAGGAAAUUGCCCGAAUCUUGAAUCAUGGCAGUGAAGAGGAUGCUGACAGCGAUGAUGAAGAUGAAGAUUUAGUUCAGCCAAAUUUUACUCGUACACCAACAGCGGACACCAUCGACAUGUUUGUAUUGACUGUGAAAGUUCCAUCUUGCGAACAAAAUAUAAAUCCACCAGCCCAUGGGACCUCCCUCCCAGUGGCUCAAUUCAGCCGCGGUGACUUCUCCCUCUGGUCUGUUUUAAAGAACUGCGUCGGCAAAGAGCUUUCCAAGAUCACGAUGCCGGUUGUGUUCAAUGAGCCGUUGUCCUUCCUGCAGAGGAUGCUGGAAUAUUUGGAGUACGCGCACCUGCUAAGAAUGGCAUCGGAGCAGACUGAUCCUGUGGCGAGGAUGGAAUAUAUUGCUGCAUUUGCAGUAAGUGCUCUCGCAUCAAACUGGGAGCGUCUCGGGAAACCAUUCAACCCACUUCUCGGUGAGACGUACGAACUUGAGCGUCCAGAGUUCAGAGCUGUUUGUGAACAGGUCUCUCACCACCCUCCGGUAUCGGCGUUUCAUGCCGAUAGUCCACAUUUCGUAUUCCAUGGGUCCGUACAUCCCAAGCUCAAGUUCUGUGGCAAAAGCGUUGAAAUACAGCCCAAGGGCCACGUCACUGUUGAACUACCGCGAUGGGGAGAAGCCUACACAUGGAGUAACGUGAAUUGUUGUGUGCACAACGUCAUCGUGGGGAAGCUCUGGAUCGAACAGUUCGGUGCCAUGGAGGUGACCUGCCACGGUGGCGCUGGCUUGAAAGCUAACCUCGUAUUCAAGCCCGCUGGCUUCAAUAACAGAGAUUUGCAUAGAGUCGAUGGGCAUAUUGUGGAUGCUAACAAAAAGCGUAUUAAAUUCCUAUAUGGGAAAUGGACGGAGUAUAUCAAAUGCUGUAGUGUGGCAGCUUACGACCAAUGGGCUAAGGAGCGCGGAGAGGAGGCAUCCUCGCAGACACCCUCACAUACGCCUAAGAAGAUGCUCGCGAAGUUGAACAGCUUCAAGGUCGGAGCGUUGAGGUCUAUGUCGAUACAGGAUUCGGAUGAUGGUGAUAACUCAGAAGAAGUUCCGAAGUCAGACGAGUCAUACAAUUUUGACAUUCCGGGAUCUGUAACGCUAUGGGAGGCGAGACCACGACCUCCGAACAGCGCUCAGUACUACCAGUUCACUGAAUUCGCUAUGUCCUUGAACGAGUUGGAUCGUGAUAUGAAGGGGCAGCUUUGUCCGACUGAUAGUCGGCUUAGACCAGAUGUUAGACUACUGGAACAAGGCGAAAUUGACGCUGCGGCAGCUGAGAAAACUAGGCUGGAAGAGAAACAGCGCUCUGCAAGAAAACUACUCAAGAAAUCUCCUGAUCCUUGGCAACCUAGGUGGUUCAGUCAAGGCACAAACCCGUAUACGAAACAAGAGGAUUGGCUGUACAACGGAGGCUACUGGGACCGCAAUUAUGAACAUUUAAAAGAUGUAGAAAUAUUUUAA